CCAGUAUGACAGCUGCAGAGAAGAAAUAUUAUUAAUUUCAUUAGAGUGAACUAUAUCAGAUUAGAUCAGAACUCUGCUCAUUCAUCACUUGAAUUUUGCCUUUAUAGAUCACAGACAAAUAAAAAAGAAUAGAAGGAUCGGAAUAGAUGAAGUUACUGCAGUUUGGAUUAAUUUUAGCAUUGCUAUCUGGCCUCUCUGCUCUUCUCAUUUACAUCACCGGCGUCUCCAAUCUAAAUUCAAUACCGCAGGAAGAUGUAAAAGCUUUGGAAUCCUUACAGAGAACUUUCCAGAAGUGCGUGAGGGCAAAUGGAUUAGGUUUAGAAGCUGUACCUGGCAGUGAUUAUUGCCAGGUCACGAUAAAUUUCCCUAGUGAGACUGUUCCUAAAUGGAAAGAUCCUAAAACUGGAGAACUCGAAGGAUUGUCAUUUGAACUUAAUUUGUGUGAAGCUGUGGCUACGUGGGAACAGGUGCGGAAUAGCACUACAAUUCUCACAAGGGAGUUCAUUGAUGCUUUACCAAGAGGAUGGGAGGAUUAUGCAUGGCGCAGAAUUAAUAAGGGGAUACUUCUUAACAACUGUCGGAACAAGACUUUAUGCAUGGAGAAACUCUCCUUAGUACUCCCAGAAACACCACCAUAUAUUCCAAGGCAGUUUGACCGUUGUGCUGUUAUUGGCAAUUCGGGAGAUCUUUUAAAGACAAGGUUUGGGAAGGAAAUAGAUGGUUACGAUGUUGUCAUUCGAGAAAAUGGGGCCCCCAUCCAGAACUAUACAGAAUAUGUCGGCAAAAAAAGUACUUUCCGUCUUCUCAAUAGAGGAUCUGCUAAAGCCCUUGAUAAAGUUGUGGAGUUAGAUGAAAGAAGGAAGGAGGUUCUGAUAGUCAAAACAACAAUACAUGAUAUUAUGAACAAGAUGAUUCGGGAAGUUCCAAUUAAUAAUCCCGUCUAUCUCAUGUUAGGUGCAUCCUUUGGGUCAGCAGCAAAGGGAACUGGCCUCAAGGCUCUCGAGUUUGCUCUUUCUAUUUGUGAGUCAGUUGAUAUGUAUGGUUUCACUGUGGAUCCAGGAUACAAGGAAUGGACCAGAUAUUUCUCAGAAUCUCGACAGGGCCACACCCCCCUGCAAGGAAGGGCUUAUUAUCAGAUGAUGGAGUGCUUGGGUCUCAUUAAAAUACAUUCUCCGAUGAGAAAUGAUCCAAACCGUGCUGUGAAAUGGGUCCCAAGCAAGAGUACAAUCAGAGCUGCUAGAGUUGCAUCAGAGAAAUUAUUGAGGAGGGUUGGAGCUGGAUCUCGAGAUCCACUAGCGACAUGUUCGAUUAAAAAGCUAGUUAAGAAAAGAUCUAAUUCUAUAUCAGGUCUCAGAAAAGCUGCUAUUCAUCAUCAGGAAUUUGUUAAAGGUACAGUAAUGUAUCCUCUCGAGCACAAUCCUGGACACGGUAUGCUCUGCACAUUGCCAACAGAUUGAAACUUUGAAAAGUGGAUCACCUUACGGUAGAGUUAGCUGAUUGACUUUGAAAUAUUUAUUAAGCUAUUUAUAUAAAGGUUUUCUGCUCUGUUUUAGAUAUAGUCUUGAAAAGUUUUCCAUUCAUAGUCAAAACUGCAAACAUUCUUUCUGUAGACUGUACCAGCAUUGUUAAUUUAUAUUCACUUUUAAUGUAGUCAGGAUAGUGAAAGCAUAGUCUGAAGAAUUGUUGAUGCGUUGUAUCAAAAUCAUUAUUUUUAGUACUUCUUUCAAUAGUUA